UGGUGGUUGGUUUGGAUUUGGUUGGCUGUUUUGUUUUGUUGUUUUUAUUAAGGAGUCUGGACAAAAGUUUGCCUUAACAAUGCUUUUUUAGUUAGGCUACAUUAUGGAUCCCAGUUUUGGAGAAUUUAUCACAAAGGAAUAUGGGCUUUUGAAACAGAUCCUAUCGUACCUGACCAAGCCCAAUGACCUUUACCGUGCAAGAUUAGUUUGUAGGGAGUGGAGGAAGGCCGUUGACAAUCUUGUAGAGAAGAAACCAAUUGUAAUUUCUUACAAACAUGGUCAAAAAGAUCCGAUGCCUUUACCAAACACACCGAUUCUACCUCACCUAGUGAUAUUUCAGAAUGUAGUGAAAAAAGAGUAUUUGAAACCUAAAUGCACAGUCUGUAAACAAAGAUUAAUGAUAUGUGAUUGUAGACUAAUGGGACCACGAACUGGAAUGUUAAAGUUGGGUCCUUCAUUUUCAAAGACGCCGUAUAAGCCUGAACUUUACUCAUUUACGCAGUUGCCUUCGGUUCUUUUGUUGAAAUGCCCAGAAAAUGUAGAAAUAAAAACAUACAGUCUUAUAUCCUCUUUGAAGGGUCCAUACCCUGAAAAUAUGAAUGACUUUGAUGAGUCAAUUAAGGCACUGUUUGUUGUUUGUAAAAGCACCCAUCGUAAAAUUAGUGAAAAGAUUUUAAAUGCACUUGUAGACAGCCGAGGACCGACAUUUGCCUUGGGAGGGGGUAUAUCAGAUGGAUUCUUCUACAGGGAAGGCUACAAUGAGUUUACAAAAGGAGGACUCUUCAUAGAAUUCAAGGGCGAUAAUGUAAAAGCACAUUCAACAUUGAUAAAUGAGAAUGAUACCGCCUCAAUGGAAAAUGCUAUUGCAAAGCUAAGAGAGAACGCCGGUGAAGUUCCAGAAGAUGGGGUUCAAGUGGCAUUCAUCGCCCAGUGUGUUGACCGAAGACAUCUUGAGAAACAGGAAAGUAGUUUGUUUAGAAAAUACUUCCCAAACACGCCUCAGUUUGGUUUCACAGCCUGGGGAGAGUUUGGAUUAAAAAAUGGAAACUCAGAGGAACCCCCAAAGCAAAAUAAAAGCAAGAAAAAGAAGCUUGAAUUUAGUUAUGUGUUUACGACUUCCAUCUUGAUUGUAACAAUAAGGAAGACAAAGACGUAAGACAGAGAAAACUGUGAAGACUUUUUCUUAUGUUGCUUUAGUGAGUAUUAUUAUACAACGGACUCAAGAUUUAUACAGACUUUUGUUUGAUUCUCAGGGACCAUUUAUUCAAUAUGUAGGCUAUGUUUUAUUGUUUUUGCAAUUUACAUUAACAUUGAUUACCACUCAUUAUAAGUUAUUUUUAGUUUUAGUUGUUUGUUAAGAAGCAAAAGUUAAUUUAUUUGUGAUAUUUACAACAUUUUUUUACCAUAAAGGCCAAAUGUAUGGUAACUGUAGCAAUAUUAUAAGAUUAUAUUUACCGUGUUGUGAAAUUAAAUAUUCAGCUACCAUAGUGAAUAACAUUUGUUUUAAUUAAUUCCAACAAUAGUUUUCAUUGGUAAAUUUAAAUUUACAGAAUAAAAGUCAUUGAGUAAACAAUUUGUUCCUUAGUAGGCAGUAUUAGUCCAAUCAAAAUUGUAACGGGUAAUUGUGUUAAAUUUUCUGUUAUAAUUACCCAAAGGCAGCUCCAGACAAAAGCUGUUAGUUUUUUGUCCAUUUCAGGAAUAGCAAAUAUUUGUUUACUUUGAUGUGUGCAAAAAUACUGAUAAUGAACGGGAAAACUUGAAUACGAAUGUUUGCUGCUUGGCGAAUGGCGCAUGUGUGGAGCUGCCUUAAGAAAAGUAUUAAGUUUUGGAAUUCAUUUAAAUAGAAGUACCUACUCAGGUCCUCGAAUGAUUUGGGGUGCUGAAUCCCAUUGUGAGUUUGCUAACACAGUGAUUGUAAACUACAAAAUGUUUAAAUCAAAAGUUACCCUUGAGGGUCAAAUAAAUUGUUAGCCUAUGUACUUUCAUUUCCGACCAAGUUUUGAUAGUUUUUUUAAUUUUUUAUGUACUGUUGGGUUAUAAAGCUAGAGAACAAAAUAUUGCUUAAGAUUAGAUCAUUUUAUUCAGUUUAAAAUAGUUUUGACACAACAAGAAACAAAUUGCCCCUACAUAAAAAAUCAAAAAUCUAUUAGCGUGUUUAAAGUGCUAUGCACCGAUAUAUCGUUGUGCGUCUUUUUCCCGAAAAGUGCUAUGGAACGAUAUAUCGUUGUUCGAAUUUCAUCCGAAAAGCGCUAAGCGUGGUGGCGCGACUUUCGAUCAUGUGAGUAUAAAUGAGCAUAUCGGUUGACUCGGUUGUAGUUUCGAAACAGCGAUGGUUUUUUUUUUUCGAUUCUUCAUAAGAUCGGGCCCGAUAUAUCGUUCCUUAGCACUUUUAAGAUAAAAAUUUUUAUUUUUACAAAUUUUUUUUCUCGCACACUAGACUUCGCCCCUGUGGCAAGCCUAGCACUUUUCGGACGAAAUAAGUGAAUAACUCUAUCACUCUUCGGAAAAUUACUUAUUAACAUUCUAGCACCGAAAGGGUUAAUCUAAAAUAUUUUUAUUUUUCAACUUAAGUUUGUUUCAAUUAGAGUGACGUGCAGGAUGUGAAUGCAUACACAAACCCUUCCUCUACCAUAACUUUUAUUAUUUUGUGCAACCAUCCCAACAAUUAAUCAAUUUAAAACUUAGCGUCUAGUAGUGUCUCAGUGUAGUUGGAAGCCUUCCCUAAUUCCAACUUAUACCCUGUCCUAAUUGACACGAUUUAUACCUGCGUGGGUUAUUAAUUACUAGGAACUCAUUUAAAAAAGUGUUUUCCUUGUUUGAUUUAAGUCUUAGGUUUUAUAUCAGUUUUGUUUGAUAUUUUUCUUCAUUUUUUGGGAAGAAAUACAAAAUUGUAUGUACCUUUCUCAAACGACAUUGUAAAAACUAA